AUGUCAUCAUGUCCAAAAGAAUUAGAACGAAAUGGUCCAACAUUUGGAAUGUCAUUUACAGCUGAACAAGGUGAAAAGCUUUUUCAACGUUAUUUAAAUAAAAAAGUCAGCUGGUUUGAAUCUGGUGAAGGUGGUUUAAAUAAUCUUAUUUUCUUUGUUGAAUGUGAAAAUGAUCCAGAUAAAUAUGUUCUCAAAAUUGGUGGUCGAUCUUGUCCAAAAAUAAAAACUGAAUCCGAAGUUGCUGCUAUUAAUAUAGUUCAUAAAUAUACACAAAUUCCUCUUCCAAAAGUUGUUGCUUAUUCAUCAGAUAAUAAGAAUGAAUUUGAAGUUGAAUGGAUUGUAAUGACACGUUCUAAUGGGAAACCAUUAAGAAGUUCAUCAAAAACAAAUGAUAUUUGGCCAAAUUUAUCAAUUGACCAACAAAAAUCAAUAAUAAAUGAACUUGUUGAAUAUGUAGCUCAAUUUCAUAAUAGUAUUCCACGUUCAAAUCAAAUUGGAAAUUAUAAAAUAAACGGUGAAAUAGGUUCUGAUAUAAGUAAAAUGGGUCCAUGGAAUAAUUAUAAAGAUUUUUAUAAUGAUCGUUUGAAAUGUCAAAUAUCAACAUUAAAUGAUGAAUCAAUAUUUGAACCAAUUCGUGAUGAUCUUAUGAAAUCAAUAAAAGAAUUUCAAAAAUUCGAUCUUCCAUCAUUUGAUGAUAUUCCAAAUGUGUUUACACAUAAUGAUCUUGGUGUUCAAAAUUUAAUUGUAUCUGAUGAUAAUAAAAUAAAAGGUAUUAUUGAUUGGGAAUGGUCUGGUUCAUAUCCAAUAUCUGAAGAAUAUUUUCGUUCAUAUAAACCAAUUAUUUAUAGUGAUCAAUUAAAAAGUUAUCUUUAUGAUCAACUUGAAGAACAUAAUAUUCCAACUCCACGAACAAUUCAUAAUUUUUCACUUUUACAAAAAAUGUCCGAUUUUCUUAUAUCAAUUGUUCCCUGGUAUCUUACUGAUUUAGCUAAUCCUGAACAUCCAAUUGUUGAAAAAGAAUUAUGUAAAUGUCGAGAUAAAGUUAAAACACUUGUUCAACAGAUUAAAGAAGAAUUAAAAUAA